UUGGCGUUCUCCGCGGAUCUACCCUGCCCGCUCCUCCCGAGCUUCAAGGCUGCUGGCCCUCUCCUCGUUGCCUCGGAGCGCUCUGCGGCCCUUCCCGCUGCGCCUGCGGGACCCCGCCCCCCCCCCCCACGCGCGUGCUCGUGUUCCAGUUCCCGCCAGGCCUCCGGCGCACGGCACUCAGCCCUCGCUUUCCUGGUCCGGCGGGAAGCCCGCAGCGCAAGCACCAUGCUCUUCUAUUCCUUUUUCAAAUCCCUUGUGGGCAAGGAUGUGGUCGUGGAACUCAAGAAUGACCUGAGCAUCUGUGGAACCCUCCAUUCUGUGGAUCAGUAUCUCAACAUCAAACUAACUGACAUCAGUGUCACAGACCCUGAGAAAUACCCUCACAUGUUAUCAGUGAAGAACUGCUUCAUCAGGGGCUCAGUGGUUCGCUAUGUGCAGUUGCCAGCAGAUGAGGUCGACACACAGUUGCUACAGGAUGCAGCAAGGAAGGAGGCCCUGCAGCAGAAGCAGUGAUGGUUCCUCCUCCCUUCCCCACCUUCCAUUGGUGACCUUUAACCUCACGUCCCAGCCCUGGAGGCCUCCCUCCCAUACCUGAGGUGUUGUUUUUUGAUAGCAAAGGCUUUCUUUUUUUUUUUUUUUUUUUUUAAAGGAGUAUGGGUGAGGGGAAUGAUAGUGGGGAGCAGCUAUCCUUUGUUGAGAGGGGAGGAAAAGUAGGCUGGGGAACUGUGAAGCCUUCCCUGUCCCCAGCACCUGCCUUUCUCACUUCCUCCCUGGAGAUGGUGGGAGAAUCUCCUACAUCUUUCCAGGGUAGUGCGUGAUUCAUUUUGGGGAUGGAAGGAAUCUGUCCCGCAUCGGGAAUAAAAUUUAUGAUGCAAA